AGUAACUCUGAAACGAAUCCAGUCAGAUUCAUUCAUGUACCUCAAGGGUGAGUAUAUUUUCAUAUCUGCUCGAUUCAUCCUCAUUCAUGUGUGUUUACAAAUAAUACGGAGUUCUACAGAAGCUCUCCAUCCAUCCAAUCGAGCAGAUGAAUCAUGCACAUCACAUCAAAACAGACUCCAUCUGACAAGGUAUCAUAGUUGCGCAAUCUCGGUCAAAAUGCUGUGGGCAUUAUUGGAUAGAGACAGCCAUCGUGGACCGUAAAUCAUGACUGGAGAACGAGAACCCAGGCGUGCCAAGCCAUGCCAUGCUAAUGGCAUGGCAUGGCAUUUUGGCCUCGCAAACCUGAGCGGGUGCUCAGAUGAAGUGCACGAUCAUCACCAAACUUGGGGACGCCAAUCGAAUCAGUACGAAGAUAGAUAGCGGAGAUUGAGUCGAUGACGGGAAACGCUCUGCGUGCUCACGAUCACAUUCUCCUCUCUCUCCGCGUGUGGGCAAGCGUGCGUGCGUGCCGCUGCGGAACGUGCCCCCGCAGCCACGAUCUGGGAGACAACCGAUGAUCGAUGGAUGGAAUAAUGAUCAUCGAUCAUCUGUGAGUGGGCGCUAAUAUUCCUCCUUCCCUUCAUUUUCCCCUCUGCCCACAAGUUGGAGUUUAGUCAGAGCUCAGGUCACGUCAGGUUUGGUUCACAGGCAAAUCGGUUGUGGUUUGGUGGGCACAGUGCGUCAAUGGCUUGACUGCUACUUCCAGAAGACUUCGGCUUUCAAGCUUUUCGAGGGUUAUCGAGCAAGCCUGAGAUUAGUCCUUGUCCUCCUGUCUGAUCUGGACACUAUGAGGCCGACGAGCUCGGAGUGUUCUUCUGUCAAUGGGUGGGGGUUGUUCUCGUCUGGGACAUCGAAUUCGACUGUCACCAUUCUCUUCAGGGUGACCAUUGCCAAUGUCUACACCGGCCAUAGAUCUGCUUUCGAUCCACAAGUAGUAUCUUCUGGGAAGAAGAUGACUUUUUUAAGAGCCACGGACGCUCGGCCAUCUGCUGGGGAAGUAGGAGGGGAAGGAGGUCGAGUGUAUGAGAUGGUGCAGGCGCAAGAGUUACUCUAUCAUGCUUUUGGGUUUAAGUGCAUACGUGGAAUGUAAGCUCUACGACCUCUCUGCAGACUCGUUUGCCGAACAGAUUCAACCUUCCGCUUAUUCGCGCGCCGAGAUCCGCAGCAUUGUGUUGCAGCAGCAAGUGCGAGGCUAGCUACUUGUACAUGCUAAGCAUCUCUUUACAACGUUUCGCCAGCCUGUAAGAGGUAGAGCAAAACUUGUGCAUGGUUCUUCCUUCCCCUUAAAGGCAUCAUGCAAGCAAGCCGGUACAGAAGUCAUCGUGUGAGAUAAACGAUUGAGUGCACCUGGAUGAAUUCUUGGAAGGCGAUUCAUGUUUUGAUCUAGAAUAAGAAGAGUCCACCUAAGAAUGUAUGACAACCCGUCGAGCAGACCCAAUGCAUUCGGUUGUGUUUCAGGCACCAGACCGCAACCAGUUACAAUUCUGAUUCACCUGCGGCUCUGCACGAGGAUUGGCAAAAAUGACCAUUCCUUUUUCUGAACAUAAGAGCUCAUCCUUAUCUUUUAUACGAGCUUUCGUUCUUAGGUACUCUGCUACCAUGUGCUAUUGUCUUAUAUCGACCUUGCAAGCAGAGACGUCAUUUUUCUUCUUCAUCCUGACCCAUCAGAUCACAUGGAGUCAGUGGUCUAAACUCACUACAGAGUAUCUAUUCUGCUGAACAUAUCUCCACGUGACCUCUAUUUUCGUUCUCAGUUUAUCUUCUAUGUAAUUCCUAUGCAUCCUUAUGAUGACACCUUGAAUGUUCUUCAGAAGGCCCUUUACAGGUCAUGUUGAAAAUUGCUUGAGGCCUACUUUGUUACAGAAGACUCUGAGGAUUGUAGAUUAGAGCGCACGUGAUCAGCGCCGGGUUUUGACUACCAUGAAAGGAGAUCUGCAAAAUCUAAGCUCCUUUGGUUUUUUUUUUUUCACGUCAGGUUCAGAGAACUGCUUGAACUCCUGCUUGUUCGAAUUGGAGAAAAGGUCCAUUUGCAUUUUCACACCUAGCGGAGUGCCAUUAGUUUACCUUUAGUUUGGACUGGAAUAAUGGGUUUUCUAUGUGAUGGAGGAGUCACGGAUCAUAUAGACUGAUUGACUUACUGAUGACUGGUUGGCAGACUGUGACCUGAACGGGGCCAGCACUAGUUCUCUUGUAUGCGAGUCUACGUUUUGCUCUGGCCGUCAGUGGAUCUAAUGAAGUUCAGAGAGCCACAGGAAAGUGCGACCUGAAAGGAACAUCAGAUUUGACAGUAAGAAGAAGAUGAUGAUCCCAUACCGUGAAUUGCCAACAACAAUUUCAGGAGCUCACAGUUGCUCUACCGCCGGAUCCUCUUCAUCUCCAUAGUGGUUUCAGCUUGUGACAGUUCAUCCAUUCAUUACCAGCAUGAAGCGAUGUUUUGUUCUAUUUUUAAUCACCCAAGUCCUCGUGGGCGUUCUCAUCGCCAUUGCCACGCACACUUCAUCCUGGUCGCUGGACAUAUCUGAUCAUGGAGGAUGGAUGUCUACAGAUGUCCAGCGUAGGCUUGCUUCCAAAGCUAGCCCGACGCUCCUUGCACAAGAUGCAAUGCUCCAGCUCAACUUCACUCAGAAUGAAGGAAGCUGGAUCGCACAAGUGUACCACGACGAGAACUUUCCGGCUCUGAAGCUGCCAAACGAGACAUAUAACAAUAGCGUUCCUCUCACAGAAUUUUGUAGCAAAAGGCAUGAGGUCGAUAGCAGUACUGGUAGUAGUCCCCAGUACGCCGUGUUCCGGAACGUGAUGCUGGUGGGUCGACAACUUCUGCUCACCGCAUCCAUCAACUGCAGCUCACUGCCCGAGAAUGUCACCGACAGCCUGAAGCUGAAGACGCCAUAUCACUUCGGCAUGAGAUCCACUCCCGAACUCGAGGCCACUGUGGUACGCGAUACAGACAAUUUCGAAGACUUUGAGCCUCAUUAUACGUGUCAUGAACGAGUGUAUGAGCCGUCUGUGUUGUUCUCCUUCAUAAACUGGCCGCAGCAUGGACACGCUUUGUUCAAUGGCAUUUCCAUGCUCUGGGAUGCCUUCCAGCACGAAGACACUGGGCCCUUAUUCGGUGCGGGCAAGAAUGUGAGACUUUAUGCAUACGGAGACGGCCUCAGCAAGAGUGACAGACAGGACUGGCAGCAGUACUUGCCGUUUUUCGGCGUCGGCUCGCUCCAGCCUAUCAUCAGCAUGUUCACCCACCAACCUGUCAGAAGCUUGGCCAAUUUGUUGAUGCAGUCCGACAGACACCCGAUCUGCUUCACCUAUUUGUUGGUGGGCAUCACCGGAGAGCUAGACCACUAUAACUUCAAUGUUUCCCUGAGCAAGUGGAGGCAAUUCGCUCAGGCGGUGAGGCAGCAUUUCGGUGUCCCUGACACUCCGAGGAUCACUGGCUCCCGACUUCCUCCUCUGGAACGACUGGCUCCAUCCAAAGGAGUUCUAAACAACGAUGUCUCGCAUCUGCCCGAGAUCAGCCCCAUCGCGUGGGAGGCGUUGCCCGACCGUCCUCGUCUGGUAAUCAUCGAUCGCAGAGACAACAGAGUGAUGGUGAAUGUGGACGAGCUCUGCCAGAUUGCCAACAGCACAGGUCACUUCAGGUCCACCCAUGUCGUCUACUUGGAGGAGAUGAGCAUGGACGAGCAGAUCCGCCUGCUGGGCGAGACCGAUGUACUGUUCGGCAUGGACGGGACCGGGCUCAUGAACGGGAUAUUCAUGCCGGAGGGCGGCAUUGUCGUGCAUGUCCGUCCCUACGGAUGCGCAGAAUUUCUGCCGGACAAGGGCAGGAACUUCGAAAGGCUAUGGUCUGCACAUCCGGGCCGCGUCAUCCGCUAUGAAUCUGGCGACAUCGAACGCACCCGCUUCCCUGCCCACAUCAAAGAACGUCCGGAGCUUGUGUUCAAUCACAGCUCUCCCGUGGCUUACAGAAUGCCAUUCAUCCUCAGGCAGGACUCGAUUAUCGACCCUGCCGCCUUCCGUUGCCUUCUCCACUCUUCCAACCAGCUAUUGCAUGGGAAGGCUGUGGACUGGCAACAACACAAUGAGUGCACAAAGAACGUCUACUUGUAGAGGACACAGUGCACACAUGUCUCGCCUACUCUCAGUGCUUGUGUAAUAAACCCCUCGAUCGAUAGACUUCACAAUUGUUUGCUCGAUAAGAAGAUGAUACCGAACGAAAUCGCUCCCUACUCAUCCAUCCGAACUCAACGACUGAAACGAGCACCGAUCGCUGUCCAACGAAGAGGUGUGCUGGUUGGGAGAUGCAGAUUCUAUAUCGAGUCUUUGACACACCUUGGCAUGAUUGCAAGCACGAGAUGUUCCCCAGCUUGAACUCUGAAUUAAUUGUGCUGGAGUAAAUUAUACCCCUUCGGUGGACUACGACCCACCCUCUCUCUCAAAUGCUGAUCCAUCAACUGCACAAACAAAGAUGAUUCAGUUAACGCAACAGAGUGUUCUCCGAUACUCUGAGCGAAUCAAGGCGCUCGAUUGGAAGGGAGUUUGAUCGUUAGCAGUGCCCAUAAUCUCAUGGAGCAAGAUUGCCGGGGGUGGGGGUGGAGAAUCUGGAUUUUGAACUCCGCCUCCGCUUUGUUAGACCACGAAACAGCUACGUGUUAUAAUUGUGCUGUUUGUGAUUUUUAAUGAAUAGCUCACUUAAGGUCAGACUCUGAUUUCUCUAUUCCUAGUUUGUGCUGGUGAGUGGAACUUUAACCCAUAAGUGAAAGCGAAAUAAAUUACUCGAGAAAAGGUACAUUGCCCUAGAUGUCCUCACUGAAGUUUCAUCAGCCGUGUGUUCAGCCCA